AUGAAGAUAGACUUUGAGAGCUUUUUCAAAUCAGAUUUAUUUGUUGCCGGAACCGAUACAACCUCAACCACGUUGGAAUGGGCGAUGGCUGAGCUGAUUCGUAACCCACAUAAAAUGGAAAAGGCUCAAUCAGAGCUCACUAAAUUCAUGCAAAACAACAACAAAAAUAUACACGAACAUGAUAUAUCUAAACUCCCUUAUCUACAAGCUAUUAUAAAAGAAACUCUCCGGCUACAUCCUCCGGCCCCACUUCUUCUCCCUCACCGAGCCAUGCUUGACCUAGAAAUCCAAGGUUUCAUUGUACCUAAAAAUGCACAAAUCCUUUGUAAUGUUUGGGCGAUGGGCCGAGACCCGAGUAUUUGGUCAGACCCAGAGACGUUCAUACCUGAGAGGUUUUUCGAAGUCAAGAUCGACUAUAAAGGACAUGAUUUCAUGCUUAUUCCAUUUGGUGCAGGGAGGAGGAUUUGUCCGGGACUGAAUUCUGCUCAUAGAAUGUUACACAUAGUCUUAGGCUCUUUGAUUCAGAAGUUUGACUGGAAGCUAGAAGGAAAUAUAAGAGCACGAGAUAUGGAUAUGGGAGACAAGUUUGGAAUCUCGUUGUCGAAAAAGGUACCACUCAUGGCCAUUCCGAUCAAAUUUUGAAUGUGUUAUCCAUCAUCUUGCUAUUGGAAGGAUAAAUGUUGUAAUUAAUUAAAGUUCUUAGCUUUAAUAUUUAAACUCUCUUUUACUUGAUUUUAGAUUUCAAACGAAGCUAUUGUACGUAUCAGUAAUGU